GGUGCUGGAUACAAUCUCCAUUUUGGUCGUGCUUGUUUGUUUUUAUAUCUCGACAUAACAAGAUGGUUGUUCUUGCUGCUUCCAUCGUAACCAAGUCUGGGAAAGUACUUGUUUCUAGACAAUUUGUGGACAAGUCUCGCAUAAGAAUAGAAGGUCUUCUUGCAGCUUUCCAAAAGUUGAUAGGCACUGGAAAACAACAUACAUAUUUUGAGACAGAAAAUGUUCGCUAUGUUUACCAGCCUAUUGAAGCUUUGUACUUGCUACUUGUUACAAACAAACAGAGCAAUAUUCUGGAAGAUUUGGAGACACUGCGACUACUCUCAAAGCUUGUGCCGGAGUAUUCUAUGUCUCUAGAUGAAGAGGGUGUUUGCAGGACUGCUUUUGAGCUGAUUUUUGCUUUUGACGGGGUCAUCUCUCUUGGACACAAGGAAAAUGUAACUGUAUCUCAGGUUAAACAGUACUGUGAAAUGGAGAGUCACGAAGAGAAGUUGCACAAACUUGUAAUGCAGAGCAAGAUUAAUGAGACGAAAGAUGUCAUGAAACGUAAAGCUAGUGAGAUUGACAAAAGCAAGAUUGAAAAGAAUAGGGGUGAUAAGGGAGGGUUUAUGUCAAUGGGCUCAGGAAGAAUAGAGAGCAGCUUUAGUGAGAUGAGCAUUUCAAAUACUAGAAGCGGUUUUGGGAGUGGUUCUGGUUUUGGAUUGAACACUGAGAUCGAUCCAUUUUCUAUCAAGUCUAAGGGUUUGUUCAUGCUCUUUAAUAUUGAAUUUGAUGUGUAAUGCUGGUACUUGUUUCAACUUUACUUUCAGUUCUUUCAAAAUAAUUCAGCAGUACUUAAUUAUACUCUUUGAACUGGUCAGUUCAUUUAAGAUUCAAUUUUGAGAGCGUGCUUCGUUAAGUUCUUUUUUGGUUGUC